AUGGCUUCUAUAGCUUCUGGGACUGGUUCGAUGAUCGUGGGUCUCUCAUUCCACCACCGCAACGACCGUGGCAGCAUGCUGAUACGAGAAUCCAUCUCAGGAACGUGGCAUCCACUGGGACGUGUCACAGGUGGCACGCUCUAUCCCGGCCUGAUGGUCACCAGCGGUGUCAUCUACCACCUCCUCCGCUUUCUCACCAUCCCCGUCGAUAUCCGGAACAUUUGCGUUCUGCUCGCCCCCGGAUUCUCUGGCCUGACGGCAUUGGCCACCUAUCUGUUGACAUGCGAGAUGACCCCCUCCCCCUCCGCCGGUCUCCUGGCGGCUGCCUUCAUGGGCAUUGCUCCGGGUUAUAUCUCCCGGUCGGUCGCGGGAAGUUACGAUAACGAGGCCAUUGCCAUCUUCCUCUUGGUGUUCACCUUCUUCCUCUGGAUCAAGGCUGUCAAGAAUGGCUCCAUCAUGUGGGGUACGCUGACGGCGCUGUUCUACGGCUACAUGGUGUCCGCCUGGGGUGGAUAUGUGUUCAUCACGAAUCUGAUCCCUCUCCAUGUGUUUAUCCUGAUCUGCAUGGGAAGGUACAGCUCUCGCCUGUACAUCAGCUACACCACCUGGUAUGCGCUGGGAACAUUGGCGAGCAUGCAGAUUCCGUUCGUCGGUUUCCUGCCCAUCCGCAACAGCGACCACAUGUCCGCUUUAGGUAUAUUUGGUUUGAUCCAGCUCGUGGCAUUUGCCGACUUCGUUCGCGCUCAGGUCCCCUCAAGACAGUUCCAGAUGCUCCUGACCAGCAUCAUCCUGGUCAUCUUCGCCCUCUCGUUCAUCGGCCUGGUCUUGCUCACCGUUUCGGGCGUGAUUGCGCCAUGGAGUGGUCGUUUCUACUCCCUUUGGGAUACCGGAUACGCCAAGAUCCACAUUCCCAUCAUUGCGUCGGUGUCCGAACACCAGCCCACUGCCUGGCCGGCAUUCUUCUUCGACCUUAACUUUUUGGUCUGGCUGUUCCCCGCUGGUGUCUACAUGUGCUUCCGUAAUCUGAAGGACGAGCAUGUGUUUAUCGUGAUUUACGCCGUUCUCGCAAGCUACUUCGCCGGUGUCAUGGUUCGGUUGAUGCUGACUCUGACUCCCGUUGUUUGCGUUACGGCAGCGAUGGCUCUGUCUUCUGUCCUGGACACGUAUCUGCGUGUUCAGCCUCCACCAAAGGAAGCCGCCCCGGCCAAAGGCAACGGCAACUCUUCGGAAGGACUCCGGUCCACACGGGGGACUGUGUUUGGGAUUCACUCGAUGUUUUCCAAGGUUUUCAUGACGUCUGGCAUUGCCGUUUAUUUGCUUCUUUUUGUUGCUCACUGCACCUGGGUCACGUCCAAUGCGUACUCUUCGCCGUCGGUCGUGUUGGCUAGUCGGAUGCCUGAUGGCAGUCAGUUUAUCAUCGACGACUACCGUGAAGCGUACUACUGGCUCCGGCAGAACACGCCUCGCAACGCCAAGAUUAUGUCGUGGUGGGAUUAUGGUUACCAGAUCGGAGGCAUGGCAGACCGACCCACGCUGGUUGACAACAACACCUGGAACAACACGCACAUUGCGACGGUCGGGAAGGCCAUGAGCUCCCGCGAAGAGGUUAGCUACCCCAUCCUCCGACAGCACGAUGUCGAUUACGUGCUGGUCGUGUUUGGAGGGUUGCUGGGCUAUUCGGGAGAUGAUAUCAACAAAUUCCUCUGGAUGGUUCGUAUCGCGGAGGGUAUCUGGCCGGACCAGGUGAAGGAGCGGGAAUUUUUCACCCCGAACGGAGAGUACCGUGUCGAUGAUGCGGCAACACCGACCAUGCGCAACAGUUUGAUGUACAAAAUGUCGUACUACAACUUCAACCGGCUCUUCCCGGGUGGCCAGGCAAUGGACCGGGUGCGUGGUGCGCGACUGCCGGCCGAGGGGCCACAAUUGACGACACUCGAGGAGGCGUUUACGAGCGAGAACUGGAUCAUUCGGAUCUACAAGGUCAAGGAUCUGGACAAUGUUGGGCGGGACCACAACAGUGCGGUGGCAUUUGAGAAGGGGCACAAGAAGAAGCGAGCGACGAAGCGGAGGGGGCCUCCAGUGUUGCGGGCUGAAUAG